AUGGCCUUCGCGACGCCGUUCUCUGGGAGUCUUGACCAGAAGCCAGAAGAUCGUGCCUUCCUUUCGACCAUCGUGACCCAAUGCCCAGCGAACGCCUUGGUCUUGGACGUGGGCUCCGGCCCACAAGCUCAAGCCGCGCGCUUCUUGGCAUCGCCGCGGCGUCGGGUGUGUUGUGUGGACAUAGAUGCUGCAGCCCUGCGCAGCGCGGCCAUGCUUCUGGGACCCUUGGCUGACGGGGUCCAGGCAGACAUGUCAGAUCUUGGAAGAAUCUUUCGGAGCGAGAUGUUCGACUUGGUGGUUGGCUUUUACUCCUUGCAACAUCAUUCCGAUCCUGUGGCGCUUGUAAGAAGCAUGGUGCCCUCGAGCCGUCGUUGUUUGGCCUUUUCAGUCUUGCUGGACUGUGCAGAAGAUGGCCGGCCCCUUCCAGUGCCUCUGAAGUCCUUCUAUCGGUCCUUCAUGCAGCCAGGCGAUUUGGGGAGGGCCUUGCGUGCUUCGGGUUGCGCCGAAAUCUCCUGGCUGCGACGCGUGGUCUAUGUCGAUGAACACGAAUUCCCCUGUGCGCGCGAGUACGCCCUGGGAAUCAAAGAUUGA